AUGGGAGUGGGCGACUACGUCCACUCCAAGGAGGCUGGGCCUCGUGCAACCUCUGAGACCCCAUCGCAGUCGCGCCAGCUCCGUGCGGAACAAGCCAAGGUCGAAGUGCCUGCCAUGAAACUGGUUGCGCCACCCGCCCAACCACCCAACGGACAUGCUAUUUCAUCGGAUCUCCAAGGACCAACGAAUUUCCAGGGCCAGUCUCUUACGCCUCAACCCGCGACACAGCGGGACAUGUUCGAUACCGAUGUGGAGGCAGCCGAUGAUUCGACCAUCGCGGGGACUAGUGUUUUCGGGCUUGAUGAUAAUCAGUCUCAGGCAGCAUCAAGCACGAAUGCCGCCUAUGCCAACCCUGACCCGCCGCCCGCCUACCCACGACAGGCCCGACGUCUGUACAGGGCUUCUUGGUAUGAGGGUCUGGGUGAUAAGGCCUUGAAAAAGGCUGGCUUUGAUUCCGACGAUGCCGAUGAUAUCGGGAGUCCAGUGACCUCGUCUGUCAGUGCAGACGAUGAGAAGCCCGACGAAGCAAACGGUUGGUAUGUGUCUCACCGGCACCGAUCGACCGAUGAACCGCUCAGCAAGCGCUUGGAGAACUUCUGGUCUGCUAGCAAAAGAGCCUCAGCCAAGGCUGUGGAUUCGGCCCGUGGAGAUUCGCGGCUACCAGUUGCCCAGAACCCCGUCUCUGACCCCCGCCACGGAAGCUGGGCCAGAUGCUUCCUCCCACUGGGCCCAGGAAGAUCCCAAUUCCCCGUAGUUCCACCGAAGCCCUCACUCCUUGACCAACUGGAAAUAUCACCGACCCGUAACGGCGAUCACGCGACCCAAGCGGGUCGAACUCUGAGCAUGACAGCGUUUCAAGAACUCAGCGACGAUGAAGACGACAGCGAAGAUGAAAUGAACCAGACCCUGCACACAAAAAGCAGACGAGAAAGCGGGCACUCGGCCAAUGCUUUCGAUGUUACCAACCUGAGUAAUAUGGAGGGGGACGACGACGAAACCAUCCUCGACCCCUUUUCCACUAGUUCCAUCACCAGACGCGGCCGGCGUAACACCGUCAUCCAUGCCAAAAAGCGGCACUUCGACGAAGCCGACUAUCCCCCGCAACUGCUGUACCAGAAAUCCUUCUCCGAACUGCAAGCUGAGCCGUUCGAUAAAGCUCCCACCCCCGUUCCUCCUCCUGCCAAAUCCCCUGCAAUGCCAUCCAACCUGCCCCUGGUCUCCGACUCGCAGUCCCCCGAGAACACAGUCUCGCGGCUUUUGAGUGUUGGUGACCAAGAGCGUCGCGCGUACCUGUCCCGCCUGUCCGUCGACGAAUGGGAAGACUGUGGAGACCAGAUAAUCGACCGUUUCACCCAUUUACUCUCUGAGAUGAAGAACUUCCGCCGUGCCCGCCGCCGCACAGCAGCUGUGUUUGAAGCCGAAGUUAAACGCCGACAUGACCAAAUUGAAGCGCAAGACUCGGAGCUGUCGAUGAAGUUGAACGAGAUGAGAACCGGCGGUGCAGAGGUUCUGCGCGGACGAAACCAAUGA